UUUGCAGCCAUGUUCAUCAGCUGGGCCUUGGGCUGGAGGCUCACCACAACCGUGUGCCCACCAUCCCUGCAAACUGCCCUCAUGUGCUCCCAUGGGUCUCACCCUGCAGGCUGCUGUUGCUCUUUGGAGACUGCACAUGCCCCUCCAAAGUCAAAGUGGUCAUGUUAUCACCCUGCGGCCCAUGGGAGGUGGGAAAGCUCCCCUUCAAGGGGAGCCAGGAACCAUCCCUCCUUCCUCCUCAGCUUCUUCUCUGCAUCUUCACCUUUGCCAUGGUCCUGGUUCCCGAAGCAAAGGAUCAAAGCAAGGCAGCCAAGGGCAGGAGAAGGGGUCUGGCACGGCCCCCCACAGCCACCCCUGCCCUCGCCUGGGCCCCAGAUGACCCCUAUACCACCAUGGCAGACUACGAGCGCAGCAUCCAGGACAUGGUGCACCAGCUGAGGAACAGCUCUGAGCCAGGUGACACCAAGUGCCAGGUCAACUUGAGGCUCUGGAGGUCCAACCGGAGGAGCCUGUCCCCCUGGGCAUACAGCAUAAACCACGAUGCAACACGGAUCCCAGCAGACAUCCCCGAGGCCCGAUGCCUCUGCACUGGCUGCAUCAACCCCUUCACGAUGCAGGAGGACCGCACCAUGGCCAGCAUUCCCAUCUACAGCCGGCUGCCCGUCCGCAGGCUGCUCUGCCCGGUGCCAGGAGAAGCAGGGAACAAACCCUCUGGGAAGAAGAAGUGUCACAAGAAGUACCAGAUGGUCAUGGAGACCAUUGCUGUGGGCUGCACCUGCAUGUUCUGAGAUGGCAAAGCUAACCCUUGCAACUACCUAUGGCCAUCUAACCAGCUUGUUCUUGCUUCCCAGCUUGCCCAGCCCUCUGG